AUGUACCGAUCCUGCGAGAAGCACAGCCUCGACUCGGCUGGUUCAGUAUCGCAGAGCUUCUCCAGUAUCCGGCGGACCACAGCGCCCGUAUUUCCCGUGACGGCACUGAACUCCGCGAGAACCGUCGUCCCACGCGCCACCAGCCCGUACAGAAUCGCCAUCGCCCUCGGUGUUCAAGAAUCACAAACCAUAGUGCUUGCGAACGUGGAUAGAAGACUCGCGCAUCGCACGGCUGCGGCUGCUGGCGCGGUGCAGGAAGAGGGUGGCACCGCCGAGAAAAGGAGUGUCAGUGAUCGAUUUGUUGGGUGUAGUGCAUUUGGUGUUUGUUUGAACUUUGAUCCUGUGAUGGCGGCUGAGAAGAAGUUAGACAGUAAAAAUUUGUAG